GUGGAGGCGACUCGCUGAGUUCCUUUCAGGAUAAGCACCCUCAGAGCAGCGGCCCGGGGAGGUGAUUAGCGCCUCGUCACGCGAGCACCGGAAGGGGAUCAGCCACCCGGACAGUCGGCGAGAGCUGUGGGUGUCUCCGAAUCGCUUUUGGAAUCGGCCGUUUUUUAAAGUACGGCUGUCGCAGUGGCGAUGGAAGGAGGCAUAGCUGUUCGGCAACCAUUUUAAGGGAGGAGCGGCUUUAAAUUCAAUUCUAGAACCGGCCGCUAGGCGAUCAUCCGGUCAAUCGCUGUGCAGCUUUUACAGUUGCUGCACUAUUUCGAGCCUACAAUUAUGAUUAUUUUAGCUGUUCGUCGUCUUCUAAUUAACAUCCCGUUCCGCACGUUAGGUAGUGAAACCACGGCCGACGCCUUUAUUAACGGCCGUUCUAGGCCACGUGACAGCACCUUGACACCCCCCCCCCCCCCCCCCCCGCCUAGUGGUUGCUCCAGCUUCGGGCUGGCCAAUCGCCUUGCGACUCCCAGCCAUUUUAACUUUGGGCAUUCUCGGCAGCAGCAGAGUCUAGUGAGGCCUCUAGCGGCCUUCUCGGUUGAGGGCGGAAGGGACGACUGCGUGGUGCCGGCGGCGCCAGAAGAGAACUCCUGGACUCACGUGGAAGUUGCGCCCAGGAUGCUGCGCCGCGAGGCCCGCCUUCGCCGCGAGUACCUGUAUCGCAAGGCCUGUGAGGAGGCUCGGCGAACAGCCCAGGAGAGGAAGGACAAGGUUCGGCGUGCGCUCGAGGAGAACCGCCUGAUUCCCACCGAGUUACGCAGGGAGGCUCUGGCCUUACAGGGUUCCCUGGAGUUUGACGAUGCCGGCGGUGAAGGUGUGACCAGCCACAUGGAUGAUGAGUAUCGAUGGGCAGGGGUUGAGGAUCCCAAGAUCAUGAUCACUACUUCCCGAGAUCCCAGUUCCCGCCUCAAGAUGUUUGCAAAGGAGCUAAAGUUGGUGUUCCCAGGCGCCCAGCGCAUGAACCGUGGCCGGCAUGAGGUAGGGGCGCUGGUGCGAGCCUGCAAAGCCAACGGGGUCACUGACCUGCUGGUUGUCCAUGAGCAUCGAGGCACACCUGUGGGGCUCAUUGUCAGCCACCUGCCCUUUGGCCCAACCGCGUACUUCACGCUGUGCAACGUGGUCAUGCGGCAUGACAUCCCCGACCUGGGCACCGCGUCGGAGGCCAAGCCUCACCUGAUUAUGCAUGGCUUCUCCUCCCGCCUGGGUAAGCGGGUCUCUGACAUACUCCGCUACCUGUUCCCUGUGCCCAAAGAUGACAGCCGCCGGGUCAUCACCUUCGCCAACCAGGACGACUACAUCUCCUUCCGGCACCAUGUGUACAAGAAGACAGACCACCGCAAUGUGGAGCUGACCGAGGUUGGGCCUCGCUUUGAGCUGAAGUUGUACAUGAUCCGUCUGGGCACGCUGGAGCAGGAGGCCACAGCAGACGUGGAGUGGCGCUGGCACCCCUACACCAACACCGCGCGCAAGAGGGUCUUCCUGAGUGCUGAGUGAGCCCACUCACCAGUCAGGAUGUGGACCUGGACCCGGGAGCUGGGGAGAGGAAACAUCCUGACCAGGUCCACCUGUAAAUGACUGCAGGGAAGAAGAAAUUAACGCAUCCUCUCCAGAGGCUGAUGGGAACCAGGAAGUGUUUGAUUUUACUUCCUCAUCUUUUAGUAUAAAAGGAGCCUGAAUUCUAACUCAGGCAAGAUGUUUCUUUGGGGCAUGAGCCCACCAUCUUCUCGGUUUGCUGGCUUUCCAAAUAAAGUCUUAUUUCUUGUCCCAACAA